AUGCCCGGCAAGAUCAGAACCGCGCUGAAAGUCGACCUCGACACGCCGGCCAAAGACCAGCCGUAUUUGCAUAACAGAUGGCACCCUGAUGUCCCCUUCUGUGGCACGAUCAAGAAUGGAGAGACCGUCAAAAUCGAAUGUCUGGACUGGACAGGCGGACAGAUCAAAAACAACGACAGUGCUGACGAUAUCAAGAAUGUCGACCUGACCCAGAUUCACUACCUCUCCGGCCCGUUCGAGAUUGAGACGGCUGAGCCCGGAGACGUUCUACUGGUUGAGAUCCAAGACGUCCAGCCCUUCCAAGACCACCCGUGGGGAUUCACAGGCAUUUUUCACAAAGACAACGGGGGCGGGUUUCUAGAUGAAAUCUACCCGGAGGCGGCGAAGGCCAUCUGGGAUUUCGAAGGCAUAUUCUGCUCGUCCCGUCACAUCCCUGGUGUUCGUUUCGCCGGCCUCAUCCACCCGGGUAUCCUGGGCUGCGCCCCUUCGCACGAGAUCCUCGCCGAAUGGAACAAGCGGGAAGCCGAACUCAUCUCGACGUCGUCCCUGUCGCGCAUCGUCGCUCAACCGCCCCAACCGAUCAAUGUGCACGCCGGAACUGCCGACGAAGCGACCAAAGAGCGUAUCGGCAGGGAAGGAGCCAGAACGAUCCCAGGUCGUCCUGAGCAUGGCGGGAACUGCGACAUCAAGAACCUGUCGCGCGGCAGCAAAGUCUACCUGCCUGUUCAUGUCAAGGGUGCCAAGUUCUCCGUGGGCGACUUGCAUUUCUCUCAGGGUGAUGGCGAGAUCUCCUUUUGCGGCGCCAUCGAAAUCGCCGGCGAAAUCACCAUCAAGUUCGAAGUCAUCAAGGACGGCCAGAAGAAACUCGGCAUGGUCGGCGGCAAGUCGCCCAUCUAUAUCCCCGGGCCUGUGCAACCGCAAUUCGGCCCCGGUCGGAUGAUCUACUUUGAGGGUUUCAGCGUCGACGAGAACGGCAAGCAGCACUACAUGGACGCCACGGUGGCGUAUCGCCAAUCGUGCCUGCGCGUCAUCGAGUACCUUCGCCGCUUCGGAUACAGUGACUACCAGGUCUAUUUGAUGCUGAGUUGCAUCCCUAUCGAGGGCCACGUCGCAGGGAUUGUGGACAUUCCAAACGCGUGCACCACCAUCGGUCUGCCAAUGGAUAUUUUCUCGUUUGACAUCUCGCCAUCUGCCGAAGUGAAGAAGUUGGAUCUGGGGGCGUGCGCCGUGGCGAGCAAAUAG